AUGAAAACUGAAAGAACAAGGACCCCGGCAAACUGUGCUGCAUACAACACCGUAUAAUUUACAAGCGACCUUGCGUUGACCAAUCUCGUGGUGUGCGCGCGCGUACAUUGGAAUGGAAUCUUAUUUCGCAGUUCAACGUUUCGACACGGAUUAUAAAAGUGAAACUCAAGUUGUUGAAUGGUGUGAAUGACACUCAAGAAAUUGUUGUUGGAUUGUAGUCUGCAUAUCAGUCAUAAUGGAUGACGAACCAGAGAGAACUAAACGCUGGGAAGGUGGUUAUGAGAGGACAUGGGAAAUUUUGAAGGAGGAUGAAUCUGGAUCACUCAAAGCCACAGUUGAGGAGAUCCUGUUCCAGUCCAAAAGGGCCAGGAUAAUAAAAAGCUGUGGCCAAAUAAGGCUUGGAAUGAUGCGGCAUCUUUUUGUGGUUAUUGACUGUUCGAGAAGUAUGGAGGAUCAAGACUUAAAACCAAACCGCCUCACUGCAACUCUAAAGCUGAUGGAAGCUUUUAUUGAAGAAUAUUUUGACCAGAAUCCCAUCAGCCAGGUGGGAAUUAUCGCUACAAAGAAUAAAAGAGCUGAGAAGCUCACAGACCUGUCAGGGAACCCAAAGAAGCACAUUGCAGUUCUGAAGAAAGCAGUGGACACUGUGUGUCUCGGGGAACCAUCUCUGUACAAUUCCCUGAACUUGGCCUUACAGACCCUGAAACACAUGCCUGGGCACACAAGCCGGGAGAUCCUGAUCAUCCUCAGCAGCCUCACCACAUGUGACCCAGCCAACAUCUAUGAGAUGAUCCAGACCUUGAAGUCAUUGAAGGUGCGGGUGUCUGUCAUCGGUCUGUCAGCGGAGGUUCGGGUGUGUACCGUGUUGACCAGGGAGACUGGUGGAUCGUACCAUGUCAUCCUGGAUGAGGGCCAUUUCAAAGAGCUGUUGCUGACACUGCAUGUGAAACCUCCCCCUGCCAGCUCCUCAUCUGAAUGCUCUUUAAUACGUAUGGGGUUUCCCCAGCAUACCUUUAGCUCUCUGACUGACCAGAACGCCAAACCUUCUUUCAGCAUCGCUCUAUUAGAUGGCAGCAACGAUCCAGUUCUCUCUCUGGGAGGAUACUUAUGUCCGCAGUGUCAUGCUAAGUACAUGGAGCUUCCAGUGGAAUGCAAAGUCUGUGGUUUGACUCUUGUGUCGGCACCACACCUCGCCAGAUCCUUUCACCACCUCUUUCCCCUACAUGUCUUCAUUGAAACACCGAUAGGAAAAUCCCCUGAAAAAAGGUUCUGUGAUUCUUGUCAAGGAGAAUUAAAAGAUAAAAGGAUGUUCACCUGCCCGUUCUGUCACAGUAUGUUUUGUGUGGAGUGUGAUCACUUCAUUCAUGACUCCCUACACUGCUGCCCUGGUUGUGUUCACACUCAAGGCACCCCUUAAAACCACACCCAGUGGUGCGAAGAGGGUGAGAGAAGUGAUGAUUAUUGUAAAAGCCUGUGACUGAUAUGUUGGGCAAUUUUUAAUUUGCAGCAUUGAAGUGGUGAGGCCCUGGCUGCGCCCCCAGAACACACCCACUCUUGUACUUGGAUUAGUUUGUCCAUUAAAGCAAUUUUGAAUAUUAGAUAUUGGUUAAAGAAUAGAUUUACAUAAAGUACACACAGACAGUCCUGUGACACUUUAUUAUUAUUUUUUUUAGGACGUUGAUAAUUUGCAGACAAUUUCAUUUCCGAAUCACUUAUUUCAAUGGCGGAUUCAGCUGUUUGUUCAACAACUACGGGAUACUUUCUUGUGUUAAGACCUGUCUUCUGAGCUUCCAUACAACAGUACAACAGAAACCAGCACUUAGACGACAGUGAUGCUGUAUAUUGACGUUACAAUUACAAAGAACAAUAAAGCUGAAAUGUUUUUUAUU